AAGGCCACCUGGCCAUCUGAACUUCCCAUAUCAAAUAAACCAACAGUACCAAAGAAAUCCAAUGGAGCAUCUUCUUCUUUGUACUUCUUCAUCUUUACUACUACUCUUCUUAUUCAGUUCUGUUCCUAUCACUAGCCAAUUCCCAUUUGGUAGCAGCAAACAAGCUUAUCAUCAUUCAAAUGUCACCUGUAUUGAAAGUGAACGAUAUGCCCUUCUUCAACUCAAACAUGAGUUGAAAGAUGAAUCAAAUCGUCUGUCAUCUUGGAUUGGAGAAGCUUGUUGUUCAUGGGAAGGAGUUGGUUGCCACAAAAUCACUGGCAGUAUUUUGAAACUUGAUCUUCGCAAUACGGUGCCACUCUAUUCUGAUGAGGAUUAUCACUGCACAAAUUGCUUGGGAGGCCAAUUAACUCCAUCUUUGGUCAAUUUGACCAAUUUGCGGUACUUGGACCUGAGCUCAAAUAGUUUUUCAGGAAUCCAAGUUCCCGCAUUCCUUGGAUUGUUGAAAAACUUGAGAUACCUCAAUCUCUCAAGUGCAGGAUUUGAUGGUGAAAUUCCCCACCAUUUAGGAAACCUCUCACAUUUACGGUAUUUAGAUCUUGGGGAUUCAGGUUUCUCAUUGAGUACUAAGGAUCUCGGAUGGGUUGUUGGGCUCUCUUCUCUAGAAGGCCUAGUCCUGUCCAUGGUGAACCUUACAACCGCUCAAGAUGGGUUACGGUCAAUUAACAUGCUUCCUUCACUAACAACACUAGAAUUGGAUAGCUGUGAUCUCUUCAUCCAUCCUCAUCUUUCGCAGGUCAAUUUCACGUCUCUUGCUUUCCUUGAUCUCGGUGAAAAUAAUUUCAACAACUACACGGUCCCUCCGUGGCUCCGUAAUCUUACUGGCCUCCAUGAUCUUCGUCUUGGUCAAAAUAAUCUUUCUGAUCCAAUUCAUGCCCUGUUUGACCAAAAGACCUCUCUAGUUCAUCUAGAUCUAUCUUCAAACCGCUUUGAUGCUUCAACGUUGAAAUCACUUUGUAAAGCAAGAGAUCUUACUUAUUUGGAUCUGAGUGAUAAUAAUGUGCAAGGGUCAAUACCAAGUGAAAUAGGUCAACUUGUAAAUCUUACUUAUUUGGAUCUGAGUAGUAAUGAUUUGCAAGGGUCAAUACCAAGUGAAAUAGGUCAGCUUCCAAAACUAACAAACCUAGUAUUGGCCUUUAACAAAUUAAAUGGUACCAUACCGACCAAUCUUUGGCAGCUGACGAAGCUACAAGCACUUGACGUUGGUUACAAUUCAUUAACUGGUGUCCUAUCUGAAGACCAUUUUGCGAAACUCCGAGAGCUAAAGUCACUGAGGCUAACCGGAAACUCGCUCGCUCUGAACGUGAGCUCCUCGUGGGUUCCUCCUUUUCAACUCCAUGAAAUUCGGAUGGGAUUCAUCAUUGUGGGACCCAGGUUUCCAGCUUGGCUUCGGACGCAGAAGGAGGUUGAGGAGUUAGACAUGCGGAACGCGAGCAUUUCAGAUGCCAUACCCAGCUGGUUUCGAGUGCUUUGUCGUAAUAUUACGUCAGUAGAUCUCUCCAGCAACAGCCUAACUGGAAAUCCUUUGGAGUUCAAACAGCAUAGACCAAGUCGUUAUCGUUCUCGACGUAUAUUUCUAAGCUCCAACAAAUUUGAUGGAUCUCUCAAAUCGUUGCCGUUGGAUAUUUCAGAUUUAGAUCUUUCACACAAUUUUCUUACUGGACAUAUUCCGCAGCUUGAAGUUGGUCAAACGGUUGUACCUGGGAUGAGGUCUCUCUUACUAAAUGAUAACCGUUUCACAGGUACUAUCCCUAAAAACUUGUGCAAGUGGGAAUAUUUAUAUAUUCUGGAUCUAUCCAACAAUCUUCUGUCCGGAAGAGUUCCUCUGUGUCUAGGAAACUUGCGAGACCUGGAAAUCCUAAGCUUGGCAAAUAACAGUCUAUCCGGUCAAAUUCCGAGUUCACUGGGUAACUUGUGGCAACUUUCUACUCUGCAUUUGAAUGGAAACAAAUUGGUUGGAAAGCUCCCUGCCUCAAUGCAGCAUCUGAGAUAUUUGGAAGCUCUUGAUCUCGGAGACAAUGGACUGAAGGAUAUUAUACCAACUUGGAUUGGGGAAAGGUUAUCAAAUUUAAGGUUUCUAAGAUUUCAGUCAAAUAACUUCCACGGACCUAUUUCCCAUACACUCUGCCAACUCUCACGUCUUCGAGUGCUAAACUUAGGACAUAAUAACUUGAGUGGAUUUAUUCCUCACUGCUUUAACAACAUUACUGCCAUGGUAUCAGGGCUACAUGGAGAUGGCGUCAUUUAUGGACCAGAAAGGCUUGAAGACAUUAAGGGAGGAAGAGAAGUUGAGUAUUACGCAUUGAACCUUUUGCUUGUUAAAUCCGUAAGCCUCUCAGCAAAUAAUUUAGUUGGCGAGAUCCCUGAUGGGAUAAUGGAACUGGUUCAAUUGCAAGUUUUGAAUCUUUCACAAAAUCAUUUGACUGGAAAGAUCCCCAAGAAGAUUGGCAACUUGAAGCAAAUUGAAACACUCGAUCUAUCAAUGAAUGAACUCUUUGGUGCAAUCCCUGAAAGCUUAUCUGAUUUGUACUCAUUGAACUCUCUGAAUCUGUCACACAAUAAACUUUCAGGGCCAAUACCAUCAGGAAAUCAGCUUCAAACCUUGACCGAUCCAUCCAUCUAUGAAGGAAACAGUGGACUCUGCGGCAAACCGCUCCCAAACAACUGCUCGGAACACAAAUUGCCUACCAAAAAUGGGCCUACUGAUGAGGAUGAAGGCCACAGCGAAUCUGAUUGGUCUUGGUUUUAUGCUGGAAUAGGACCAGGUUUUGCUGUCGGGCUCUUGGGAGUUCUGGGAAUCCUUCUCUUCAAGAAGUCAUGGCGCUAUGCAUACUUCAAGUUUAUAGAAAGUGCCUGUGACAAAAUCUGGGUAAAGACUACUCGCCUGAGGAGGAAGUUCCGUUGAGCUGCUGUUGUUGUCCAGAGUGCCUCGAGAAGCAAUAGUAGUUUUGUUGUGUUUUCGUGUAUUUAAGCUUCGAGUAUUCAGUAGGUGUUUUUCUGUUUUGUUUUGCAUCUCAAGAUGUAAUCUGAGGAUUAGUCCUCUUUCUACAGCUGUGAAUUCUAUGUCAAACCAAAGUUUCAAUUGUUUGCUAAAACAACUUUUGGAAUUUUGUUUUACCA